AUGGCUGCUACAAGGGUGUCACGUGGCGGUGGUUUGGCUGUGGUGUGCUGGUUCCUCGUUCUGGAUCUAGCCGCGGUGCGCGUCACUUCCGGUGCACUACUUCGCUACGCCAGUGAGUUUGAUCUUCAAGCACCACCAUCAGGUGCAGUAGCACUGGAAGACGAUGAUCUCGAACUGAAUGAAUUCCGAUUGUUCGACACGGCGCGACAACAGGGGACGGAGUUUGAUGAGUUCGAUGCGGACAUCCCGUUCUUCCGGACGGAUUACGAUCUCUCACAGUUUAGCCCAAUCUCGGCGACACCGGCCUUUACCUUCGACCAUUCCUACAUCCGGCCGGACAGUGUCCUGUUGGCGCGCGCCAAACGUGCCAACCGUUUGCGAGGAUCGAAGCUGCGAAAGCGCGCUCCGGAAACGCAAUUGGAAACCGAUCGUGAUGCGGACGAUGACGAAGACGAGCACAAUGAGGAAGAGGAGGAGGAGGAGGGUAAGGACAACUCGGAGGAAGUAGGCCAGGACGUCGAAGAUUAUGCGACCCGGUACGAGCAGUUUAUCGCCAAACACUUUGACGAUGUCGAGGCGAAACGAAACCGACCAGUGGUGGCGGCCAAGCAGCGGAAGGCAGGUGGCAAAGGUGCCAGCAAGUCCAAGAAGCCAACAGCCAGCGGUAAGGGCGAUACCGGCGACGAAGAGGAUGGUGAUUACAAGUUCGAUCGGUUCGAUUACUCCUCAUCCGACGAUUACGAGCGGAUUAAGGCGGAAUCGGAGGAACAAAGCAAGCGCCUUUCGGCCGAUCCACGGAACUGUCGCACGUACGAGAAGGACGGGAUGGUGUGCAGCGUUUGUCACGAUCCGGCCAGUGACAGUGCAUCGGAGAGCUGUGCCUACGCCACGGAACCGCACCACCGGAAGUACGCGUUCGUGAAGGAGCGAAGCUACGACAGCAAAAAGGAUGGCCCAGAACGAUCGAAGCAACCCGUUGAGCACGAUGACGACGAGGAAGACGACCGAGCUGACGACGAUGCUGCUGACGACGACGGCGACGGUUCAGUUGAUCGUCCGGAGCGCCAAACGACGGCGCCGGAAGCUAGCACCACCAGCCUGCCACGGAAGCCACUGCCACGACCGAUACUACGCUCGAACCCCCAUCAGCUGGCCAAUGGCGGUGGCUAUCGCUAUCAGCCAUCGAUCGUAAUCAAGGAUAUGCGUUCGAACAGAGCUCCGAUCAGUAUGAAGCUGCGUGAGAAAGGGGCCGCCCAACCCGAGAAGAAGGCCACCGUCAUGGCCACCGACGAUUCCGACAUCUACGUGAUGGAUUACGGUGAGCAGGAUGAGGUGGCGAAGGUGUUGAGUGAUUUUGCGACACGUGAUUGGUCCAACUGUCGCAAGUCGAAGCGAUCGAAGGAUGGUGAGAUGACGUGCUAUCAGUGCAAGGAUGCGACCGGUGUGAACCACGAGGAGUGUAUGUACGUCUCCGAGUCCCGGCAGAUCGCUAGCCGUUUGCUGUUUCCGCCGCCACCCUCAGCACCAUCAGCGAGCGCUUCGUCACCGACGACCAUCGAUCGGAAGCGAAGGAAGGUGGUGGCGGUGAAGAAGGAGAACAUGAGCCAGCUACCCAUGCCGGCGACCGAAGGCCACGGUCCAGCCAGGGAGAAACAAACGGUCAAGCGGACGGUUUCGUUCCGUAGCUUCGUCACCGGAUCUGCUGCCAGUGGGGGGUUCGACGGUGCAUCGGGGGAGGACAGUCCCAGUGAGCGGGUCAUUCACUACGAGCAUCACAUAUCCCACGAGGUGCCGUAA